ACCCGGUUGAGCUUCACAAUUUGACCAUGCUUGCCGAAGUAAACAGAUCAUACGAUGGCUUUUUAAAUACGUAGAUAUCUCCCACCUUCAAACCUUAUUUUCUGCAUCACCUCUCCUCUCCUGUUUGCUUUUUCGCUUUGUUUGUGUUUAUACCGUCGCUAUAGCUCAAUCUUCUCCAGAUGGCAUCUGCGGCAGCUUUGACAGCUUCUGCUGCAUUGAAAUCUCGAGUUAGGAGACCAUCUUUGCUUAAGAAGCUUGCUCAUCCUCAAGAUUUGAUCCCUUUAUUCCCCAAUGGAGCUUACAUUGGGUGGUCUGGGUUCACAGGUGUUGGAUAUCCUAAAAAGAUCCCAACAAUGCUCGCAGAUCACGUAGAGAAGAACAACUUGCAGGGCAAGCUUAAGUACUCCCUUUUCGUAGGUGCGAGUUCUGGAGCGGAAACGGAAAAUCGAUGGGCAGAAUUGAAUAUGAUCGAACGACGAAGCCCUCAUCAGGUCGGAAAAGCUAUUGCAAAAGGCAUUAACAAUGGCAACAUCAAUUUCUUCGACAAACAUUUGUCUAUGUUUCCUGUAGACUUGGUUUAUGGAUUUUACACAAAAGAUCGUCCCAACAAAAAGCUGGAUGUGGUUAUUGUUGAAGCCACAGCUAUUACCGAAGAUGGCGGUAUUAUUCCUGGAGCUUCCGUUGGAGCAUCACCAGAAUUGAUCCAAAUGGCGGACAAGAUCAUUGUUGAAGUCAACACCUCUAUGCCUUCUUUUGAGGGUUUACACGAUAUCACCAUGACCGAGCUUCCACCAAAGCGAAAACCAUACCUGAUCAUGGCACCAGAGGACCGUAUUGGAACAACCUCAAUCCCUGUUGAUAGCGAGAAGAUUGUUGCCAUUGUCGAAUCCGAUUAUCAAGAUCAAACUGUACCAAAUGCGCCAGAAGAUGCUACAUCGCGUGCAAUUGCUGCUCAUUUGAUUGAAUUCCUUGAGCACGAAGUGAAGCAUGACCGACUACCCAAGAACCUCCUCCCAAUUCAGUCCGGUAUUGGUAACAUUGCCAAUGCUGUCAUUGGUGGUCUAGCCGAAUCUAACUUUAGAAACCUCAAAGUCUGGACAGAGGUGCUUCAAGAUACCUUCCUUGACCUUUUCGAUUCUGGACGUUUAGACUUUGCAACCGCAACUUCUAUUCGUUUCUCCCCAGAUGGUUUCAAGCGCUUCUACGAUGGAUGGGAGCAAUACUUCGAUAAACUUUUGCUUCGCUCACAGCAAGUCUCUAACUCCCCUGAGAUCAUCAGAAGGUUGGGAGUUAUCGGAAUGAACACACCAGUUGAGGUCGAUAUCUACGCACAUGCAAACAGCACAAAUGUUAUGGGCUCUCGCAUGUUGAACGGCCUCGGUGGCUCUGCUGAUUUCCUCCGUUCUUCUAAAUACAGUAUAAUGCACACACCAUCUACUAGACCAUCUAAGACCGAUGCUCACGGUGUUUCUUGCAUUGUUCCUAUGUGCACACACGUCGAUCAAACCGAGCAUGAUUUGGAUGUUAUCGUUACUGAACAAGGUCUUGCUGAUGUCCGAGGUUUAAGUCCAAAAGAGCGAGCCAAGGUCAUUAUUGAAAAGUGCUCUCAUCCAGAUUAUAAGCCAAUCUUGGAAGACUACUUCAGAAAGGCCGAGUUCGAGUGUAUGAGAAGAGGCUGGGGUCACGAGCCCCAUCUAUUGUGGAACAGCUUCGACAUGCACAAGGCACUCGAUCAAGAGGGAAGCAUGAAAGCACUCAAGACUUGGGGUUAAGUUGUGUAUAAAGACACGAGAUUACGUGACGGGGAGAUGUAGAUAUUGGAAUACUGGAGCAUGGCAUUUAUCAUUCUGGGCUUAAUGGAACGGGGCGCACAUGAGGACAGAUUUACACAUUAAAUCAAAAGACAUUUCAAACCAGUUUUUCCUUCUUUAUGUGGUAGAUUAUUUACGUGAUAGAACACCAACAUCCAGUGCCGGUGAUCUAAAGACUAGAUUACCCACUCGUACUAGAGCAUUGAGCCUCCAAAUCAACGAAUAGACCAACAAAUGUUUAUACUGGCAUU